ACUUCCGGUGCGCGCCUCGACAUCCGGCAACAGGUUUGAAAACUUCAUUCGCCGGAGUUGAUGCCCGUUUGCACAGCUCGUGCCUCUUUCUCGGCACAGUUAAAUGCGCUGGCUGUGAUGUCUCCUGACGUGCGAUAACCGACUACGUAUUCACUACGAGCGUCCAACUUGUACCGGAAAGGGAAACGACCGUGGGAGUGGUGUGAAACCGCCGGUUAGGCCUAGCCGCAGCUGCCGGGCAGUCGACAUGGGUUGUGCCGUGAGUACCGCCGCCGACAAGGAGGCUGCCGAGCGUUCCAAAAAGAUCGACAGAGACCUUCGAGCCGAUGGCGAAAGACAAGCGAGGGAAGUCAAGCUCCUGCUGCUGGGUGCUGGGGAGUCCGGAAAGAGCACCAUUGUCAAACAGAUGAAGAUAAUCCACGAGUCUGGCUACACGGCAGACGAAUGCAAGCUCUACCGGCCCGUGGUGCACAGCAACACCAUCCAGAGCCUGCUGGCCAUCAUCCGUGCCAUGGGACAGCUCAAGAUUGACUUCAAGGACCCCAGUCGAGCGGAUGACGCCCGCCAGUUCUUCACGGUGGCAGGAGCGACGUCGUCACAAGAGUGUGAGAUCACACCGGAGCUGGCCUCCCUGAUGAAGCGCCUCUGGCAGGACCCAGGGGUCCAGCACUGCUUUGCCCGCUCACGGGAGUACCAGCUAAACGACUCAGCCUCAUACUACCUGAAUGCAUUGGACCGCAUCUCACAGCCAAGCUACACACCAACACAGCAGGACGUGCUACGAACGAGGGUCAAGACAACGGGCAUUGUCGAGACACAUUUUGUCUUCAAGGAGUUGCACUUCAAGAUGUUUGAUGUAGGAGGCCAGCGGUCUGAACGCAAGAAGUGGAUCCACUGCUUUGAAGGAGUGACUGCCAUCAUCUUCUGUGUGGCCCUGAGCGGCUACGACCUCGUACUGGCUGAGGACGAGGAAAUGAACCGGAUGAUUGAGAGCAUGAAGCUGUUUGACUCCAUCUGCAACAACAAGUGGUUUGUGGAGACGUCCAUCAUCCUCUUCCUCAACAAGAAGGACCUCUUCGAGGAGAAGAUCACCCGGUCACCACUCACCAUCUGCUUUCCAGAGUACACAGGCAGCAACACGUACGAAGAAGCGGCCGCCUACAUACAAAUGAAGUUUGAGUCACUGAACAAGCGCCGGGACACCAAGGAGAUCUACACACACUUCACGUGUGCUACCGACACCAACAAUAUCCAGUUUGUGUUUGACGCUGUGACUGACGUCAUCAUCAAGAACAAUCUGAAGGACUGUGGUCUCUUCUGAAUGCAAAAGGCAACGUGUCGAUGGCCCCUCCUCUUGACAGCAGGAUCACUGUCUGUUACCGUUGCCAAAGCCACUUGCAUAGUGGUGUCAGAUGAAACUGGAUGGUGACCUGCUGCCGUCUUAUGCACCAGGUGUUCCUGUGGAAGGGAAGCAAGUGGACUGCCAAAGAAGAGGGCAGGGAUGCUCCGUGGCAUGUGGUUCGAGUCGAGGCGUGAAUUUAUUCCCGUGCAAUGCUGUCGCUUGCAUGAAUUGCAUUUCUUUUAUAUAUUUUAUGCCUUGUGUUCAGCAGUCACAGCCGCAACACUUAUCUUCUUUCUAGCCCCCCCCACUUAUUUUUAAUGUUACUUCAAGCUUGCCACAAACAUGCAAGAAAAAAAGAAAAGAAAGAAGAAAUGACCUGAUUCUGUUGCGGUAAUAUUUCACAAUGGCAUGGCAUUUAUUUUGAUAUCGUUACGGUUACUUUUUAAGUAAGGGAUCAAUUCUUGCCACUCCUGCAUUUUUUUUUUCUAGCUGUGAGCAAAAGUGCUUUGCUUCCAAGCCUUCACUCUGUUACCUUCCUCCCUGCGAGUGUGUUGUGUGUGUAUUAUAGCAAGGAAUUCAUGGCCCCAGUUGCUGUGUGUGGUGCCCUCUCACUCUCCUCUGUGAUGUAGGUUGGUUGUUGAGAACGCAGUCAGUGUCGUACCUGCCAAGGGUUCCAGAUCAGCCGUCUUUCGCAAAUCGCUUUUGGAUUCUUACAUGCACUAAGGACACUGUCGGUGUGGCCACAUAGCUGAGUCUGAAUGCGAUUCCAAAGGGGCACAUAUUGAUACUGUAGACAGGUGGCUCAAUGCAAUGUGGAAAUACCUUCGUUACAUCUCUUAUUCGCUGUAAGCGUGCAUUUGUUGUGGGCUAGGCAAAUUCCACAUAUGGCCACCGUGGAAUGCUCGCUCAGGCUGUUGACGAUGCACACGAUUUUCAAGCGACAAGUUUGGGUCUGCUACAGUUUGUCAUGUUCUACGUUUUCUGGCGGGCAGUAAGUCUUCACUUGUCACAUGGAAGUCCAUGCUGCAGUUUUGUGUUUGCAUAAUGACGUGACAGUGCUCAGGCUGCUUAUUUAGUUAUUUUUAUGUAUUUAUUGAUACCCCUGAGGCCAAAGGCAUUACAGAGGGGAGUGUUAAAAUGGCAUUAGCAACAGGAGAAAUAUAAUACAAAAUAGAAGCAUCAUGUUACUGGUUACAAAAUUACAUCUAACAUGGUAAGUGCUUGCUAAAAAAGAUGGUGGGGAACACAGGAACACAUUUUUGUAUUUUUUUUUUGCAAGCCUCAGUAUACAGCUAAACUGUUCUGGAAGCACAAGUUGUCCUGGAUGCCAGCUGCUGAUCUGGGAAGGUGGUUCCGAUGUGCUGUUCUACGGGGAAUGAAUGAAAGAGUGCUAGUAAAAUUUUGUCUGAAAUGAACUUAUGCCCACUUAUUGAGGAAGAUGUGGUCUGUGGUAGUAAGCACGGAGGAGGCCACUAGUGUGAGCAGCUGCUUUCACACACUGAAAACCACAGCAAGUUAUUUAGUAGGCAUGAUUACAUAAACUUUUGCUUUUGGCGACAAUUUUAUUUCCUUAUAUCCAUUUAUAGGUCAAUUUUACAUCGUUAUAACGAGGUUUUCAACACAUGUAUCUCUAUGGGACUUUCAAGGGGAAUUUAGUUUAUUUAGCUAUAGCCAUUAUUUCAUUAUGCAGUCAUAUUUUAUGCAGUCGAGCUCGUUUGCAAUUUUCCCGAUGGUCAUGCCUAUUGAGUUUGAAUAUGAAGUUUGUAGUUAAGUGGACUUGCAAUAUUAUCGAUAAAAGUGAAGAGUCAGUUAUGAACAGCAUUUGUCUCUUUAGAAAGCCUAUUUUUGUCUACUUUUCUAGGGUGCACCCUACUACGGUGCUUUUUUAGCCUCUUUAGUGUGGCCAUAUGUUCAGGCCCUUGCUGCCAAAAUGCAGUUUCAUGGAGCCCAUGUAACUAGCUGCUAUUGAAACUGUCAUGGCAGCUGGUGGCAGGUCAGUAUCCUCAACAUUUUUUCUGGGAGUCUUUUCCUUCUAAUCGUAUUUCGUGCGCAAUGGCUUUGUUAGUGAGUGUGUCCGCUGUCUCGGCAUCGUUUUCUGCACCCACAAAGUCUUUCCAGGGGAUGGUAGAUCUGGUGAAUUGCUUGUCAAUGACGUGUUAUGUCAGAUUGUGGAGAGAUGCGACAGCCUCGCCCAUUGCUUCUGGGCCCACAAACCUCGCCUUAUGGAAUCCAUGCAAGAGCACAGUUCAGCGAAACAAAGAGCCUUCGAGUGAUGAGAAAUUGCUGAACACUGAAUGUCGCUGGAGCCAACGUUUCGACAUGUGGACUUGCGUUCAUCAAGGCAGCCUUUCUGCUGUGGAUUUCUUGGCGCCUUACGGAAGCAAUUCAUAAUGUCUUCUGCACUUAGCUCAGUCCAUCGAGCCUGAAGCAUUUCCACAGUGGUUCCACAGUGGUGAACAAAGACUCAAAAUUGGGAACAUCGGCAUCUGCUCAAUAAGGAGUGGAAGGACUUUGGGCAGUUGUGUGACACGAAGGUUUUUGAUCGCCGUGCCUGCGAAGGUGCAAAUUUAAGAAGCGUGGUAGAGCUUACGCCACUUCCACGUUCGCUCUAACCUAAUUGUGCUGCCACAGUUGUUCAUUGUAUCCGAGACUCGGAGCCGUUGCCUAAUGCAUAUCAUGAUGGUAGCACCACCAUCGUGCAUAAUAACCUAGGGUUUGGCAUUACUGUGGCUAUUCUAAACUGGCUCAACUACAUCCCUCAGUGAAACGACGUUCAGGUGUCUUUGAUUGGACAACAGUGAAAAUUUUGCUUUUGCUUUUUGUUGUAUUAUGUCCACGUUGUUGCUCCAUGCUUUGGUGCAACAGCGCGAAACCUGUCGCUUGAAUAUCGUGCAUUUAGCUGCCUCCUAGUGCUGCAUUUAUCCACGGCAAGUCUCUGGUGCCAAGGCGCCUCGUUCCAAGACUUAUCGUGCCUUCUCCCAGCACCAUGAUGUAACGAUGACAUUGAAGAUCGCGUUUCCUCGAAAGUGUAGUUUCUUACCCGGCUCAUUAUUUAUGGUGACUACAAAUACCACAUCUUUGCGAGGGUUGGUACAAGUACACAGGAAGGUUCACUGUGAUAAGUGUCAAUAAAAGUAAUCACUUUGUCUAAAUUGCGUGUGUUGUGCGUUUUUAUUAACCUUCUCUGGAACUUGGCAGGUAUGCGCUGUGCUGUUGUAUUAGACUGCAAGGACAGUAAUUUUUGCAACCCCUUAAAACAAACAGUGCCUUUCCCGACCACUGAGCUCGUCGAGCAGACCCCGCUUUCAAUUACAAUUUGUAUUUGUGGAGCGUCGGUCAACGUACGUGUUGUGACUCAGCUGGGCCUUGCUCUGGUCAUGCAGUGUUUCCAGUAUGCCCUGUUUUCGCCAACCUUCGCUGUAAAUUUUGUCGGGCUGUUCUGCAUUAGUGGUAAGAAAAGGAAACUGUGACAGCAGUGGCCAUCUUUCUUGGCACCAAUCUUUGGUAAUGAGCAUCUCACUUAUGGCACUUUGUGCCUUAUGCCAUUCAGUAUGAUUACACCAAUGUGUCGACCAGCUUUUUAUUGCGAUAGGAAUUUCAGGGACACUCCGGGUCAAACUUUGGCGUCGGCAUUGUUAUUGCGGUUCGUACAAAGUGCAAUCACAGUGCGCUGUGGAAUCCAGGGAAAGCAUGUGCCGUCUUGUGUGCACCCAGGCAAGGAAGGCGAGCAUUCCUGGCUAGGCCUGGAGCAGUCGGGCCGUUGCUCUGAUUAGCAAAGAUGGAAAUGGCGGUUGCAAAGGUUGAGUGAGCCUAGGUUGUUGGUUGCUUCUUGUGACUGUCUCCUCCGACAUCCCCGGACCUUUGCACCCCUUGUCAUGACAGCUGGCAUUAUCGCAAAGAAGCGAGAAUGUUGCGCUUGCUCACUUCUGUUUGUGUCGUAUGCACUCAUCGAGUGAGCUGUGUUCGUGUCUGCCUGUGCGCUGCAGACAUCAUGUUCGUUGAAUUAGUUCAUGAAUGGUUACCAUCGCACAUAUUGCUGACAAAACUGCAAACUUUUGUAUAGCUGUUUCAUGCAGUGCUUUGCCUUUCAGGUGAAACUGGGCCGUUCUUGCUCAUGGAAUCGGUAGCCGUGUGCCAAAAUGUAGUUGCGCGGGCAGUGGUGAGAAAAUAAGCAAAAAAAAGAUAGCGAGAGAAGUGGGAACUGUGCUUCCCUUUUUACUCUCAGCAGCAACUUUAUCAUCGUGCACAAAUGUCUGUAUGCAGCGCCCCUGAAAAUGAGUGUGGCAGUUGGGCAUUGUUUAGAGUCGGUCACCUCGCGGUAAAUUGCAGCGGUUGAGUCUAUGCAGCUUUCUCUGCUGUUUAAUUGUUUUUAACGAACGAUUUCCGAGUGACGAGCAUAUUUUCAUGCGAAGUAAUACCGUGAUGCCACUGCUCCGCAAUGAUCAAUUUUACUGCUCUGCCCUUCGUGCAGUAGUCACUCUCGUAGUGAUGGCAGAUGUCAUGGAUGUCUUGUGGCAUAAUAGUGACAGCUCUAAAGUUCAACAGACAGCAGUUAACUACAUGCAGGAUUUCUCGGUACAGCGCUUUUGCUGUGCUACGGAAGGAUAUAAAUCUUGUAGCCAUUCCUUUACAACUGAUGCUUGCUUGUGCAGUCAGUUUGCUGUCCACAGUUGGAAUGCGCUAUUAGGUGUUUAGGAUUUAUGCUUCAUUCAUCUGUUUUACUGGGCAUAUUCUGAUAUUGCAGUACUUUCGCUGGUACCUUGAUGUGUCACUAUCAACCGGUUUCAUUCUUUGCCAGGCCACCUUGUUCAGUGUCAUCUUUGGGGAGGACGUGUCUGUGGGAAUGCCAGGGCAGAAGGCUUGAAUAAAAUAUUUUUAAUGCGGUAUAUUUUAGCCACAAAGCUGGUGCAAACCAAACGUAAUCCUCUAGUUUGCUUGCAGAGCCCUUUUGUUGUGCAGCAUCAGACAAGUUCUUGAAGUCUUUGCCUUGUUUUCAAGCUGUUCAGCAUAAUGAUGUCUUGUAACGACCUUGCUAGUCUUCGCAGCUACUGCUACAAAUUGUGUGUGAAGAUUUACUUCUGUAUACCUUAAGCAGUUGUUUUUGGUUAGGAUUGGAAACUGAGCGAGUUGGCAAGUGUUUACGUGUACGCUGCACUUCAGGAAAAAUGACUUCUUCGCUGCCUUUUGUUUUCUUGCAAAGCGCUGCACACAUAGUUUCGAUUUUUAGCAUUAUGUUUAUGGCUCAACAUGCGCACGCCAAACUAUCUCUUUUACGUUAACUGCCAGUUGUAUAUGAAAACAGUCGAGUGCAAAUGUGCCUAAUGUUGAUGGGCCGUAUGCGAUGACCACUGUAGGAGCAGGCAGGUUAUGGCAGUCCAAGACGUGCAGGCUGGCUGUAGAGGUUGGCAUAUGCUCUGCCACAGCUGCUAGCCUUUGGAAGGCUUUGUACGGUUGCACUAUGUCGACAUUGCAUGAAGUGUCGUGGCUGUAAUCAGCACUCCACACUUGAGCAGUGUAUUGUCAUUCCUCACUUUGUAUAUUUUUCUUCUUUUGUCGUCGUAUAACGUUGGUUUGAGACGAGAGAAAUGGUCGGCCUAUGAGUUUUUCCUUGCUUAACACACCACUCCACUGUGUAGCACUCAUCGUCCUUCCUUUUUGGUCAGUCCAGCUGUCUGCACAGGUCACUUGUCCUUGCAAUUAUAUAACUAUGUUUAUGGGCAUGGCUGUGUAUUUUCUAAGAUACCACUGUCUGUUCAACUCUGUGGAAAAAAAGAAAAAAAAAAGAAAGAAGCGGGUAAUAUCAAAUUAUGAACUUGCUGUUGGCACAGUUUAGUGUGGCCUGCACACAAGGCUUCUCUCGCUCAUCACAUCUGCAAUUUUUUCCACUCUUGGCUGAAAACACUAUAUAACAGCCCUGGUCGCUGGAGAUGUUAUCUGCCAAUUUUACUGCAGUGUUCGAUGUUCACCUUCGUUGUCAGAUGUCGGCUGUCCAAACCGAAUGUUGCGCCAAGCAUUUAAAGAUAACUGAGGGCUUUAUGCAAACAGUAAAGGACAUUGCUCGCACUAGUAGUUGUGCACAGAUUUAAUUAGUGGACUUACAAAAUCAAGAAUGGGCGUGAGGGAAAAACAUGCAGUCAAACGUGCAUUUAGUAGAUUGGGUGUGCUUAGAGCCAAGGCUUCUAAUUUUAUUGCCAAGAUGCUCACCAAAAGCUGCAUUGGGAGAAUGGCCAAUCUUCCAAAUGUCUUGAGACCACUGAAGUCCUUGGCAUGGUGGCAUGUCAAAAAUGUUGCAGUCUUCUUUUUUCUUUUGCCGGGGAAGAAAUUUAUCUCGGAAGACAUAGACUGCUUAAAACAAUUAAUAACGGUUACUACGGCAUUACGUGCUAAAACCACCAUAUGAUUAUGGCACGCAUCGUAGUGGAUUAAUUUUUGACCACCUGGGGUCUUUAAUGUGCACCUGAGUAUCAAGCACACAGAUCUCUCUGCAAUUUGCCCCCAUUGAAAUGUGGCUGCCGUGGCCAGCAACCGAACCCACAUUGUCUAGCUUAUGGACAUCUUAGCUGCCGUGGCGGGUUUUAACCUUAAGUAAGGGACUCCUUGGCCCGGCACCGUGCAAGCCAAACAUACCCGUAAAGCAUUUGUAAAUUGCAAUAAAAAUUUGUCGUUUUAAUGCAUUUAGCUUUAUUUAUAAUGAAGCUACAAUUUCUUGGAAUAGUCUUAACAUUUUUGUGGGCUGAUUCAGAAUAUGAUGUAAACUACCUGCAGUAAAAGUUGCGUGAUGCAUGGUCGUUGAAUAUUGAAUGUCGCCCGAGCCAUCGUUCCGACAAGAGGACUUGUCUUCACCAGAUCAGCGACUCUCCACCGUUGAGGUUGAGGGACAGUUAGUGAGGCAUACAUGAAAAUGAUGCUAAGGAAGACUGGCCCAAUGAACACAAAUCCUCUUGUUGGCCCCUUCGACAUUCUCUGUUCAACAAUCGCGCAUCCCUUCAGGCCUCCAUCUUGCUCUGAACUGCUCCGAGGUGUAGUCGUAAGAUGGGCAUUCCUGCAUAUUUCCGCUGUGCUUUGAGAUGACUGCAUUGUGUGCAACUAGAGGUGGUUGUGGAGGCUGCACGGUGUUCUGGAACUGGUCCUUGAAGAAACGGUGCUCGUAAUACUGGUUGGCUCCCAUGUGAAGGUCGGCCUUGAUCAUGGUGCCACACAGCGCAAAAUGUGGUACCACAAAUAUCAAUCUCCCAAAGUAUGUUUAUCGCACUAUUUCAUAGCAGUAGGUUAAGACAUAAAAUUAAGAGGUCAAGAUUUUUUCAGCAGCUUUAGCAUUGACGAUUUCUCACUAAUGUUAGCUAAUUUGAUUAAUUUGGUAAUCACUUGUGCACAGUGAAAAAUUAAGCGAGCGAUGUACGUCGUACAAGCGCAGUUGGCAUUAAAGCACUCUGUUAUUGUUUUUAAAAGUUUUUAGUGAUAUUCAGCUUGCAAAGCCAGUGUGACGGCAAGCAGUGCCCUCAUUUGGCUCUCUUUUAGAGAGCACUUGCAGUGGUUGUAAACGUAGGGGCAGUGCCAGUGGUUAUGCAAUUUGUACAGCACAGGUCACCAAAUGCUCUGUCCAUGAAGCUAGCACAGCAAGGCGGGUCAUGGCAUACCAACACUGAACUCAAGUUUUCGAUCCCAGGCUGCAUAUAGAAAUGGGUAGGUACCCCAAGACACUCGAAAUAAACCCCAGUGUGCCUCAUGGUGUGGUUGUGGCAUGUAAAAUGCUAGAAUUUUAAUUCAGAUAAAUUCAGCAAACAUUUAUGUGACAUAGAUUGGUUUCAGGUGUGCUUGUGGUGCCGUACAAAACUUCUGUCUUGCCGUAAUGGGUCAGUUCGUACUGUCUUCACUCAAUCUAGGUUGGCCAUUUUCAUCUGUCCCCGUUGCUUAUCGUUGACCAGAUUGUCUCGCUAGUCUUUCUAUGGUUCUGUAUUCUAUAUGGUGUUUAACAAUGUGUCAUUUUUCGGUAUCCUGAUCAGGUUUUUAUUGUGCUCCGCACAGUGCCUGUUGGAUAUUUUUAUUGUCAAUCACUGCCAGCAGAUACAUGGACGUGGUGAUUGCUGUGCUUGUUUUCUGUCAUCACCAACCUGGUAUUUUUGAUCCCUCGUCGUAUUUUAAUGACACUAGGUGUUCUGUGUCAUUGCCAGAGUCACAAAUGGGCAAUCGUAUUCUGUAAUCUCAUUGCCGCCGGACGCAUGAUCUCAGAAGCACUGAGUCUUGCUAGAACCGAAUAACUUUUUGCCUUGAUUAGGCAUGGUCACAUGGUCAUGUACAGCCAUGGUACCGCAGCAUUAAUUUCUGACGACCUUUCUUGUGUUGUAAAGCUUGAUAUCCCACGUCGUAGCCGAAUUUAAAAUGACUUUUUGGCUUUUUCCAAGUUGUGUGUUUUCUUUGCUGCAAGUAUCUACCACUUGUGACAUGCAUUUCUUUGUGACUAAAUUAUGCUUUUGCUUUUUCGAGCCUGUGUAGCUGAGCAUUUGCCGAUCGUUUUCAUGUCGAAAACCGAUUGCCAUGCUAGGUGAUGUAUGUGUGCAUGUUUUGUACAGAAGACUUAGCCACAGCUUUGUCUAAGGCAUAGGGGAGGUGAAACUUAUUUCGUUCAGCUGUGACAUGUUUCAGCUCCCUUGAUAGGGAAAGUUCCAAAAAGGAUUCACGAGCCAAACAGAUAUUUGUGGUGUGCCUGCAGUGAGUGCUAUUCCUAGCCUGGAAAUGCAUUCCUUGUCUGUUCUCAAACGUGACCUUCUUGAGGUGACUUACAGUUUUUGUUUCCGGGUAAGUCGCCGGCAUGUUGCGGCCGUCUUACACUGCAUGCAAGCUGCUGUUGCGAAGAGCAUUGAUCCGUGCACCUUUACUGUGCCUGGAAGGUCUGUAUGUUUACGGCACUUUCUCACAAUGGUGUAUCAUCGCUUCUGCUCAGUUGAAGUUGUUGUGUAUAAAAAAAAGUGAUGUUAUUGUACACAGGGCACCAUCAUGUAUGUAUGAACAAUUGUAAUUCACAAUGAAAUGAAAUGGUUGUUCUUGUACAA